GAAAGGAUGAAAUAUGGAAGAAAAAUAAUUCAACUGUUAUUAUUUUUAUUGUUUCUAUGGGCUUUGCACAGACAGUAUCAUUUCAGCACAAAGAAACUACAGAAGAUACACCGGUGCUGGUAAGUCUUAUUUACAAAUAUGCUAUGACCUCUUCUUUGAGGACAAAACCUGUUGGAGGGCAGUGGGGUACCUGCAAGUCCUUGGCUCCUGCAGGCAGGUAAACCAAAGCAAUUUUACAAACAUAUGUUGGAGAUGCUUGUGUAAGGUCAGAGGACUAGGAGUACUAGGAGUGAGAAGUGGUUAGGGGAAACGUGUGAUGGGAGCCAGAACCCAGCUUCCAGGAAUCUUGGGUCUUUUAAAGCUCUGGGAAAUCACACAGGAGUAAAGUUUUGGUUAAAAGAUUCAGGAGAUUGUUAUUAACCACAAGCCACCUACAAAAUCAUACUAUCAGAACGUACGCAGAGAGGAAAACUUCCUUAAAGAUUGUGCAAGGCCCGAAAUCAUAACAUGUUCUUCAGUUUCUCCCUGCAGUCAUGGGAACCCACAUAGUGAAGUAAAAGAAACUUUCUUUCUGAUGCUUGUUGUGUGGAAGAGCCUUAUGUCUCUGGUGGGUCCAUAGUGCACAACACUCUCAGCAGGACUGUGACUCCAUAUGUGGGUGAGCUGCUCCGUGCAUGAAAAUAAUACAGUAAGAUGGUUUUCAUGGGCAGGGUAUGUUUCCCCUCCACAGAGCCAUGGCUAACAGGGGACAGUAACUCUCAACCACCUGAAAACAAGAGGAAAACCCCUAGACAAAGGGGGGAACAUGCAAGGGAAGCCUGCUGCAGCAGAGGCUGGGAGAAAGAAAGAUUUAAUAUGUUUCCUGGUAAAAUGUACACAAUGCAACACAAUCUAACAAUUGCUCUAUCAUUAAUAUUAGCUCUCCUUAGCAUCAGGCCUUACACAUAUGGCCUUAACACACUAAUUCAGCAUCCAAAGGCUUUGCUGUCAAUGAGGCAGGUGCCUGUGUAGAAGGCCAUGGUCUUAGUCACACCCUGGACACUGCAGUGCUCACUCAUGACAUACAGCUCAGCUCCACAGCUGCCCAAUCCCCUCCUGAACUCAGCCCAGGAUCAACUCUCCAAAGAUAAGCUAGCUAGGGGGCCAUUAGAGCGUAUAGCAAGGAGGAAGUAAGGACGCAGGCCCAACUAUUUGUCUUUCCACCUGCUGUGUGACUACGGACAAGAUAAUAAAAACUCUUUGUGCCUCAAUUUCCUUAUCUAGUAAAAUGAGGAUAAUAAUAAUGACAACAAUACCUAUCUCAUAGAGGUGGAUUAAAUUAUUAUUUAUUUAUUUAUUUAUUUAUUUAUUUAUUUAUUUAUUUAUUUAUUUAUUUGACAGAGAGAGACACAGCGAGAGAGGGAACACAAGCAGGGGGAGUGGGAGAGGGAGAAGCAGGCUUCCCGCUGAGCAGGGAGCCCGAUGCGGGGCUCGAUCCCAGGACCCUGGGAUCAUGACCUGAGCCGAAGGCAGACGCUUAACGACUGAGCCACCCAGGCGCCCCGAGGUGGAUUAAAUUAGAUAAUACUUAGGAAAGUAUUCCAUAAGUAUUAGCUAUUAAUGAAGGGAAUCUAACCUCAUCCAGCAGGUUAGAGUAUACUUCCCUUAAGUAGGGAUAUUUAACACGAGACCUAAAGGCUAUGUGGGAAUCAACUGGUUGAAGUCGUGGCGUGUUUAAGGAAAUUUAAAGAGGCAAGUGAGUCUGGAAAACUGUCACUGUGGGGCUGGGUAGGAGACGUGGCUGAAACAGUGUGAAGGGUCAGAUCACGCAGAAUGUCAUGGCCAUAUACGGAAUGUAGAUGUGAUCCUCAGGACAAUGGGAAGCCACCGAACCCUGUUAAACAGAAUAAUGAUAUGGGAACACUGGAGCUUCAGAAACAUGACAGUGGCAGCACAGUGGACAUAUGGAGAAUGGGUUGAAAAAGGCCAGUGCAAGGACAGGCAGAGGGGAUCACAGUGUUAAUUACGGGGGAUGGGAAUAUGGAGGCUCAUACUUCUGCCUUGCCAAUCCAAGUGAUAAGGCAACAUAUGAAGGGGACCUACUUUGGGGAAGACAGGAUGAUUUUCACAUUAAACAUCUUGAUCUUGUGGCAUUGGUGCAAACUUCAAGUAGAAGACUUCAGAACACUAUUGGAUGUCUGGGUCUUAAAUUCCUGGGAGAAGUCUAGCUGCACAUACAAAUCUGAAGCCACAGGAAAAUGCCUGCACGCAAGUUAACUGAUCAAAUAGAAAGCCUAGGCGAAACCCUUCAAACCAAGGCUCCUGAGCAGAUAGGAUAUUUAAGGCCAGAAAGUAGGGUUAUAAUUCCGUUGCAAUAAAAGGGGGGAAAAUCAGUGCUCAAGAUAAAUUUGGAGGCAAGGUGGCAGAAGAUUGAGGGAGCUUUCAUGUGAUGACAGCUAUUUCUCUAUCAAUGAGAAGAAGGAGAAUGAACAUUGUGGAAACACAUAAAGGUUUCUGGGCAGCCCAGAGACUGUUAAGUCGAGGUAAGAAAUCAUGAUUUUCCAUGCCACUCCCAUCAAAGUUCAUCAUUGGUUUUCAUACUGCUUCACGCUUAUCUUGCACUUUACAUCAUAUUAUAACAUAGCCCAGGAUUUGGUAGACACUCAGUUACCUCAAACUCAAAUAGAUACAGUGUGAUUCUUUGCAUUAUUCCUCCUGAUAGGUUUGUGGAUACUCAAUCAAAAGAAUUAGAGCUAUCAGACUGGUUUUCUCCCAGAUGUUUACAGCUAUACAUUUCCUUCUGAGUAUUGCUUUUCACUGCAUCCCAUAAGUUUUGUGAAUACAUGAACCUGUCGACCACCAGCUGGUCAGCUCCAGUUGUAUGGGAUGGCACUUUCAAUGAAGAAGUAUUGGAAGAGUAUUAUGAAAAACAUAAAAUUACUGUGGGAUUGAUUGUAUUUGCUGUAGGAAGAUAUAUUGACCACUACUUGAAGAAAUUUGUAUUAUCUGCAGAUGAGUUUUUUAUGGUUGGCCAUAAAGUCAUAAUUUAUGUCCUGAUAGAUGACUUCUCCAGGAUGCCUUGGAUACAGCUGGGUCCCCUCCGUUCGAUCAAAGUGUUUGAAAUUAAGCGAGAGAAGAGAUGGCAAGAUAUCAGUAUGAUGCGCAUGAAGGUUAUUAGUGAACAUGUUAUGGAUCAUAUCCAAUAUGAAGUUGACUUUCUCUUCUGCAUGGACGUGGAUCAAAUCUUCAUAAGGAAAUAUGGAUUGGAGACUCUGGGGGAGUCAGUAGCUCAGUUACAUGCUUAUUGGUAUAAGGAAGAUCCUACAGUGGUGCCAUAUGAAAGAAGUGAGUUAUCAGAAGCAUAUAUACCUUUUGGUAUGGGAGAUUUUUAUUACCAUGCUGCUGUGUUUGGUGGCACUCCCAUUCAAGUUCUCAAUAUUGCCAGGGAGUGCUUAAAAGGAAUCAUGAAUGACAAGAAAAACAGCAUCGAAGCAGUGUGGCAUGAUGAAAGUCACUUAAACAAGUACUUCUUUCUCCAUAAACCCACUAAACUCUUAUCACCAGAAUAUUGCUGGGAUUUUACUAAAACAGAUGUUCCUUUUAUUUACAGUAUCAAACUCUUUUGGGCUAAAAAGGAUUAUGAACAUCUUAGGGUGACAAUGUAAUUAUAUAGCACUUCCUUCAGGUUGCUGAAGUUAAGAGCAUCAUUUUGUCUUAUUCCUUAGGAAAUUAGCACUUGAUAAAUUUUACCACUAAAAAAAAGAAUCACUAACAAAAUGGCAAGGCCACCAACACAGCAUACUCAUACUUUCCCUCAUAUUCAUUUUGAAUUGUAUAAGAUGGGAUAUAGCAGUUGCAGAAUGAAUGUAUUGACAUCAGAUGGAAAUACAGUGAUUUCAUAUCCUGUGUGAGUGUUGAGGAAAUAUUAUUUGUUGGAUCACAAUGAACAAAAUAGAAUCUCUCACAAGAAAAUGAAACCUGAAAUAUUUUUAUUGAUCCAUGUAGAUACACAUUUCUCAUAUUGCGUAAGAAAGGGGAUUGUCUAGAGGUGUGGAUAAGAAGUCACUGCAAGAAUAGUAAUAUUCUCUCUAUGUAAAACAUUAAAGACGUUAAAGUUGCCACCAGAUGGACAGAUAAUUACUUAGGAAACUGAGUCAUUCAAAAAAAUUUUUGAAUUUGUAGUUUUAAAACUUUGUAAAGUUGUUUGUUGUAAAAACUAAUUGAAAAGAAAAUAAACAAGAUACUUAGGAAACUGA